AUGGUGAAGAUGGGACCACAGGCUGCCGCGGGCCGGAGGCGCUGGGAUGCCCCUGCCUGCUGGACGGCGGGGUCUGCGGAGGAUGCAGGGCGCCUCACGUGCGGCCCCCAGGACACCCGGGGCCCCAUCGCCAGGGAUUGUGGGGUGCGUGUGGUCCCCGCGGACAUCAUCCUCACCGCUGGUCCUCCACCCCCAGUCCGGGACCCCAUCACCGGGGACUCUCCAGCCCGGGGCUCCAUCACCGGGAGUGCGGGGCCUCUGCCACCCCGCUUUGUGGAGCGACAGCCUUUAAUGGGAACCACCUGGUUUCUGAUCCCCACCCUGGCUGUGGUCUUUGUGAUGGACCAAGAGAAGGAAUUGCUGGUGCCAGACGGCAGUAAUGGCUUCCAGAAAAUCAAGAAUUUAAAAAGCUCUUAUACAGGAGGUGAGGUUUGGCAUCACGAUUCCUGUGAGAAGGAUGACAAGUCAGAGGGUAAGUGGGAAAAUUCUGUAGGAAAAGAGGAAGAAAAAUGCAGUCACUGUGAAUGGAACCUGGGAAAACACAUCAGUGUUUCCAUCCAGCACAGUCUGCCUUCUGGAGACAAGCCCUUCAAAUGCCCAGAAUGUUGGAAAAGCUUCAAUAAUAGUUCUCAUUUGCGUAUUCACCAGAGGACCCACUCGGGAGAAAAACCUUAUAAAUGCUCUGAGUGUGAAAAAUGCUUUAGUAACAGCUCUCACCUGAUCCAGCAUCUGAGAACACACACUGGAGAGAAGCCCUACCACUGUGGAGAGUGUGGGAAAAGCUUCAGUAAUACCUCCCACCUUAUCAUCCAUGAGAGAACCCACACAGGAGAGAAGCCCUACAGAUGCCCCGAGUGUGGGAAGCGUUUCAGUAGCAGCUCUCACCUUAUUCAGCAUCACAGAUCACAUACAGGUGAAAAACCCUAUGAGUGCCCUGUGUGUGGGAAAUGUUUCAGCCACAGCUAUGUUCUGAUUGAACAUAGGAGGACACACACGGGAGAAAAACCUUACAGGUGCUCUGACUGCGUGAAGAGUUUUAGCCAGAGUUCCAGCCUGAUUCGCCACCAGAGGACACACACAGGUGAGAAGCCCUACAAGUGUCUUGAGUGUGGAAAAAACUUUGGUUGUAAUUCAACUCUAAUAAAGCAUCAAAGAAUACAUACAGGAGAAAAACCCUACCAGUGCCCAGAAUGUGGAAAGCAUUUCAGUCAAAGUUCAAACCUCAUUACACACCAGAGGACACAUACCGGAGAGAAACCUUACAGAUGCUCCGAGUGUUGGAAAACGUUUAGUCAGAGCUCCACCCUGGUGAUUCACCAAAGGACACACACAGGGGAGAAACCUUACAAAUGUCCUGACUGUGGUGAAUGCUUCAGUCAGAGCUUUAACCUGAUCCGACACCGGAGGACCCAUGUAGGAGAAAAACCUUACAAAUGUGCUGACUGUGAGAAAUGCUUCAGCAGAAGUGCCUAUCUCAGUCAGCACCGCAAAAUCCACACAGAAAAUUCCUAA